GUCGAGGCGGGAUGGUGACGGCGCGCGGGUGCGUUAGUCCGCGUGGAGCGGCGCGCUGGCUUGGCUCGCCGAGUCUAGGGUGCCUCGGUCCUCCCGCACCCGGCGCCCGCCUCAGGCGCUUGCGCAGGCGGGGCCCCGGGGGGCGGUGAGUGUGGCGCGGGCGCAUGGCGCUGCUGUACCGCGCGACGCGGCUCAAGGACCGCGCCGACACCCACGUGUUCACCUUCGUGGUGACACGCUCGGCCACGCGCGAGCCCGACCGCGAUGUCACCUCCAAGGACUUCUGCUGCGCGCACCAGCGCUGGGCGGUCGCCUUCAGUCGCACCGACGCAUCUCUCGGUGUGUACUUGGUGUGGCGCGGCGCGUGCGAAGGCAUGCGGGUGUAUGUCGACUUUACAUUCACGCUCCUCAGCCGCGAUCACUUUACGGCCAAUGAAGGGUUUUCCGGCAAACAGGUGCGCUUCAGCGCAGGCUGCGCUGCGCAGGGCCGUGGUCGUUGUGUGUCCAUCGCUGAACUCAACACCAAGUUCGCUGAUGCGAGGGGUGAGUUCCAACUGGAGCUCAGUAUGUCACGGGUGCGCACGCUAUACUCCUGUGAACUGCGCGCGCCCCGCCUUGAUACACCACCCAUAGCUUUUGCUGGAUUUGACUGGCAGGUGUCGGCAACUGGCGGCGGUGGCAAGGAGCCGCUGACUUUACGGUUAAUGAGAUUAUCAGGGGAAGGACAACGCUGUCGUGUUAGAUAUGCACUUGCGCUUGGCGAAGGCGAAAGAAGACUACAUUCAGGCCCGUUAGAGUGUGUUUGUGACGCUGACGGACGCACACCACCCUGGAACCCUCGACCACCAUCCCGACUUCUAACCAAAGGGGUUCGGUUAACUGUAGAACUGGUAUGGGCGCGUGCACUCGCCGAGCUGGCGGUGCCGGCAGCAGGCCGCGCGGCUACGUGUUACGAUCGCGACAAGCAGGCGUGGGCGGUGCGCUGCGACAUGCACUCGGAGAUGGUGAGACUGCAUAUGUUGUACCGGGACGUGCACCACGUGCCACGCAACCACUUGCGUUACGUGAGCUGGUCUGCCUGGCUCGUGAGGUCAGGUGUCGCAGCUGGUGAACCUGAUGCCGAAGAACUACCUGGAGCACCCUUCGAGCAUUACUAUGCACAAGACAGUGCUGAUGAAGGGCUCAUGAUGGAGACGGCUCUACGCGUAGAAGACAUGUCACGACCUGGGAGCGCAUUCUUACACCCAGGUGGUGAACUACGUGUACGUCUCGAAUGGGGCGAUACUUACCUACUCUUUCAAGCUACUUAUCAUGUCUAUGAUGACCUUUGUCGGCUGCACGCGCAUCAAAUGAGGCGUGAGAUUGCUGUGCUUCAGGCGGAGAACUAUUCGUUGGAGCGACAGCUGUUCAGCUAUCAAAAAAGCCUGGCCUACGCACAGGCGCAGGCAGGUGAACCGGCAGUGGCGGAGACGAGUGGAAGGCGUUCCCCGGCGGAGCGCUCGCUCUCUACCGACACGGAGUAUGCGUGAGAAGGGCCUGAGGACUUCUCUUUGUCGUCGCCUAUGACGUCGCCCGUUCUCUACUCUUCUAUCUUUUCGACUGAUUCUGACGUUUUUGAGCGAUUUAUCUAUUUUUCUAGACGUUUUAUGGCGAGGUGCGCCCUCGUCCGCACCGCUUUCCGCCGGUCGCCUGCACUCUCGCCGCUCGAUUCUAUCGAUAGCCGAUAAUUAUACUCGACUACUUUUCUAUUUGUCUGUACAUAAAAUAUAUUUAGAAGAUAUUAUAUAUUAUGUAUAUUUCUUAACUUGAAACUCGAAUUCAUAUACUGCAACAGUCGAUUUAUGAAUAAAAAAAGUCCGUAAAAUAAAUACCAAUUUUGUCUCUUUAUUUGUAUCUUUUCUUGAUAUCCCUCAUAAAUAAUAACCAUCUACGUAGAUUUACCUCGGAAAAUAAAUAUUAUUAAUCUACAUUCUACCUGUAGUCGAUAGAUGCUCUUUAAAAAAUAAAAACUCUGUAAAAGACAACCUGUGUAGUCAACGAACACAUGCUUAUAAUCACGAUAUUUAAGACACGGAACGCCAAACCGCUGUCAACUGUCAAUGUCAACGUCAUACUUGACAAACUCAAAGGCAGAACCACGUUGUUGUGUUUGUUUGGGAAUCGUCGUGUAGUUCAAAGUAAAACGUAAAUAUGGCUCAAGGAAAACUGAAAGUAAAAAGCAAAUUGCCUGCUGGAGCGAAAGCAAAGAAAAACAAGAAUAAGGCCGGUAAAGCGGUGACCAAACGUCCAAACGCGCCGGUAAAGAGUAAAACUGCCGCUGAACGGAAUAAGAUGAAGACGAAUGUGUCGAAGAUGGUGAAUGCUGCAGCUGAACAGCAGUUGAGAGCUUUAGCGACGAAUACUCCUCAAUUGUCUGCGGCACAGCAACGAGUAGCUGCGGCUCCCACAGCGCCUGCCCCAGCGAAAUAACCUAACUUCUAAACGACGUUCUUCGUGUAAAUUAUUGUGCGUAACUUGUUGUUAUACGUUAUUAUAACUCAGACAUUUAAUACAAAUCACUGACAAUUAAUAAUAGACAUAUUGUAAAGAAAAAAGCCUCUAAUUCCUUAACUUAUUGGAAAACAUUGAUGUUACAACAACUUACAACAGGUUAGCCAAGAUUGUGUAAAAAUUUUUUCUGUCUGUGACGGUAUGGUCUAGGUAGGUAUGUAUUCAGCCUAUUAUGUUGUGGUAUAUUCAAAUGUCAUUAACUUAUCAUUAAAGUAUUACUAUACAAUGUAUAUUACAUUUGUGAGUAAAUUAAAAUAUAUCCAGUAACAACUAUGUAAGCAAAUGACCAAAAAUCUAUUUCUACAACUACUGUAUGUUAAUGGAGUCUAUUCUGCACUUACUUCAAUGUAUCUUUACAAACAUUUUGUAAUAUAAAAAUAUAAACUUGUGAAAUAUUAGAAUUAUAAGUGAAGUUUAAUCUUUAAAUUAAAACUAUUUUUGUUUUA